AUGACAGCAACACAGAAGCACACCCUCUUCACCCCGGAGCCUCACUAUGUCCCUGGCUACGGUGGUUUCUUCCCACAGCUGCGAUACCAAGUGGGGAACACUUACGGACGCACCACGGCCCAAUUGCUCAGAGAUCCCAGGGUGAAGAAGAGUCCCUGCUCUGUGCUGUCCCCCAUCUCCAAGCCCAAGUCGCCCUCCGUCCCCGGCCGGGACCUGACUGAGCCCUACAUCCCCCACCACACCGGUCUCAAGCCCUACAAGAACUUCCAGAUCGUGGGCAAGUGCUCACCUCCAGAGGAAGCUACCCAGAGGCUGCUGGGGACAGAGGGCACGUCCCAGCAAGUACAGCUGCCCGCAAGCGUCAUGCCUUACUCCCCCUACUCACCAUGCCCCCCAGGCAGGAAGGGGGCCUCCAGAGACUUUGGAUACCCAGGCCUGCAGCUGUCGUCCAGGGAGGAGGGUUGGAGGAGUCCUGAGCAGACCCCUGAGGCCCCAGGGGAGUACCAGCUUUACCACUGGCGAAAGGAUGAGUGUCGGGCCCCACCCCUCCAGGUAGAGACGCUAGACGUGGGAAGAUUUGAAAGGCUGCCCCAGCUAGACCACCCUAACUUGAUCCAACGCAAGGCCAUCUCAGGAUACGCAGGCUUUGUACCCCAGUUUGCCUGGGUGAUGGGGGUGAAUUACCGCACAGGAGUCAUACAGGCCAUGGACGAGUUUGACAAAAACCAGUUUCUGCUCAGGAACCCCAUCUGUAGCCUGGGGGAGCGGCUGCCCAAGUCACACUGGCCCAACACCACCAUCUACAACAGCCAAGGCCUGAUCCCUUUCUACAUGGGCUUCGUUCCAGCCAUGCAAGACACCUGUGCCAUGACCUUCGGCAACAGCACCAGGAAGGCCUAUCGGAAAGAAAUGGAGAGGCGGAGACACACUAUGAAAACGCUUUAA